GGGAGUCGCGGGAUUGUGACGUCUAUGUCCGGCGAGCGACGGAGAGCGUUUAUGCGACGUGAUGGCGAGCGGUAAAAAGAGUGCCCCACUUUCCUCUUUAGCAGCUUAUGGAGACGAUUCAGAGGCCGAUUCCGACCCCGACCUAGAGGAAUCAGGGGGUCAUGUGGGAAGCCUUGUGUACGGCUACGGUGACGAUGACUUUAACCGAACUGAGACUAUUGAAGACAAAGUGUCUGGAGAUGAAGACAGCAGAGAGAGCAACUCGGAAAUGGACGAAUCAGACGAGGGGAGGGACGCAGAUGAUGUCGAGAUCUCAGAAAUGGAAAGAAAGGACCCCAAUGAGCUUGUUGCUCUGUUCUCGGAGAAGGUGAGGAACAUGUCACCCGAUGAAAUCAGGAUCCCACCCGAACCUCCCGGACGCUGCUCCAGCCAGCUACAGGAGAAGAUCCACAAACUGUACGAGAGGAAGCUCCAUGGAGAUUUUGACACAAACACCCUCAUCCAGAAAAAGAAAGAAUUUAGAAACCCAAGUAUUUACGAGAAGCUCAUUCAGUUCUGCGGCAUCGACGAGCUGGGAACAAACUACCCAAAAGACAUGUUUGAUCCUCAUGGCUGGUCGGAGGACUCCUACUACGAGGCUCUCGCAAAAGCACAGAAAGUGGAAAUGGACAAACUGGAGAAAGCCAAGAAGGAGCGGACCAAGAUUGAGUUUGUCACGGGAACCAAAAAGGGCAACAACCCCUCCAGCACGGCGGCCUCCACCACCAGCAGCAGCACCACCACCACAGCCACAGCAGACGCCCAGAAGAGGAAAAGCAAGUGGGAUUCUGCGAUCCCUGUCACUUUGGCCCAGCCCACCACCAUCACCACCACCACAGCCACCCUCCCCGCCGUGGUCUCCGUGACGACCACAGCUAGCGGCACCAAGACCACAGUCAUCUCCGCAGUGGGCACCAUCCUAAAGAAAGCCAAGCAGUGAAGAAAAAGAGCAGGUAGAGCUCACAUGUUGGUCCACGAGUGACGACGUGCCGCUGGACUCUCUAGAUGCAGAGUGGACAGACUGGACCGAUGGACACUCGGUGUCCAUGUCGGAGACCGCUGCGACAAACAGACUAAUCAAAAGACUCAACUGCCUUUCAUCUCUGGGAUUGUAUCAGCACUUCUGCAUCCAAAAGCCAAAUUUACCGUUUGGUGAAAAGACCUAUAAGUCCUCGUCAAAGCUGAUGCAUGCAGAUCUGUUUCAUAAAACAUGUUUUUCUCUUCUUUUUUUUUAAAGAAAAAUAUAUUGCCAAAACCUGCUAACUUAACAAAGGUAAAAAGUAAAAGGGUUCCAGACCGACUCGUGGAAAUGUGUGAGAGGAAGUUUAUUUUUGCAUCCAUGUUUCUUGUACGGUGUAGCUUCUUCUAGCAGUUUUGAUGUCAUAGUUGAACACGUGGACGCGUUUAUCAUUGUUCUUUCUACCAUCGUUGUGUAGUGAACACCUCUGAGGUAAGGAUGUCGGGGUAUUUUAAUUUUUUUCUACAACUGUACAUAUGUAUUAACGACUAAAAUGAAUAAAUGGAUCAAAUGUUGCCCUU